CGGCCAGUAUAAGGUAGCAAAUGCUUCAACGUGGUCUUUUAACGCUAUCAGUUGAACAUACAACGCCGCCUUAUCAUGUGCAACAUCAACAACAACCGCUUGAAGAAAGAAUGGAAAGUGGGGAAGAGCAGCAAUUCCAGCCGCCGAUAUGUUUGCCCAUGUUAGAGAUGCCUGAGAUUAAAAUUGAACGCGCUGACUUAGAGCUGGACUCUAUGGAAGCGGUAGACGAACAGCAGGUAGAAGAGGAAAUUAUAUUGCCACAACAUCAAGAAGAUGAACUUAGGGAAGAAGAAGAUCCAGCCGAAAUCAAAGAACCCAUUAUAAAACCCUUGCCUCAAUUGUUAGAACCUACAUCUAUACUAAAGACCUCCCUAUUGACGGGAGCAGCCGCCACCUUGGCUACCCUGACAGCCGCGGCCGAACAAAUAGCUAAAAUGCCUAUGACAUCUCCAACUACUGCAAAAACUGCCGUAAACAACACUGCCUUUGCUAAGUCUACGAUAACAACAACAAGUGCUGCAACCAACACUGCCAAAAAUUUAGAAAAUAAAAGAGUAUUAUUUACUACAAGUUCAACAAUGUUAAUGGGUUCAAAAAGCACUUCUUCCUCCACUUUGUCUUCAUCCCCUUUGACUAACGCAACAGCCACUACCACUUACAGUUCUAUUUUACAAACAGCCUUAAUGUCUAAACGUCCUUUAAGCAGUUUAAAUGUAGCUACAACAGCAAUGUCAGCACCAUCAUCACCACCACCUCCUAUAACGUUGCAACAACAGCAUAACACAACUCCGGCUCAUGUUUUAAAGACUGCAGUUACUUUGGCAACUCUAAGUGAAAUAGCGGCCGAACAAGAUAAACAACAGCAACAGCAACAGCAACAAUGUCAUAUCUGGUUGGCUCCACAACGCCAAAUGGCAACAUUGCCUUUUAAAAAAUUAAAUUUUGCCAAUUUAACACAAACCCAAAACUUAACACAAACAGCUACCACAAAAACAAAUGCAUCUUCGAAUGCAACAGAAACGACUACCGUUAUAAAAAAUUUAGAGCACUUAGCCUCUUCCUCUUCAUCUUUAAACGCCUAUAAAUCGUACACAAACGACAGCAGUAGCAGCACCAGCACCAGCAAUCGUUUAGUGGGCAAUUAUUCAAAGCCUUCACAAACCAUAGCACAGACACAAACCUCAAGCACGCAGAUAAAAAUACCCACUAUACGACCCAAUACGGUUACUAUACAAACACAGACUGAAGAUAAUCAUCACAAUCAACUGGUGGUAAAGGAAACGCAAACUUUAGCAACAACGCCGCUAUCACCAUCAUCACAAGAAAAAUCAACAUCAACAUUAGUAGCAACAUGUUUAAAUCAACUUUCAUCAACAUCAAACAUACAAACGCAGCAAAAUUGCCAAACGGCGACUGCGUUAAGGACUGAAGUGGCAACAUCUAAAAAAUUGAUAAUGCCACAACAUUCAUUAAUCACAUCAGCAUCAGCAUCAACAUCCGCAUCAACAUCAUCAACGUCAACGCUGAACAUUAUAAGAAUGCCGACGGCAACAAACGUUGUUGGUAAAUCUACAAAAGUCAUAGUUAAAGAAACGGCAUCCCUAAGCACAAGCCACAGCAACAUCGUUGCUCAAGAUAAUCAUCAUAUCCCAAUACAUACAAAUACUGCCAUCUCUACUGCAGCAACAGCGUCUUCUUCGAACACUCCAACUUCGACAGCGUCUUCGAACGCUGUUACGGUAGUUGUGUUUGAAACGUUGUUACCUGAGGACUGAAUUCGUUAAAAAAGUAAAGAAAAACAAGAAAACAAAAAAAAAAAAAAAAAAA